CCCAGCUCGCACUCCAUCCACCAUGAGCAACUACGACAACGACAACAGCUACGGCUCUGGCAACCAGGGCGCCGGGUACGGCGGUGGGAACAACAGCGACUCGUAUGGGUCGUCCAACCAGUCCGGUGGGAACAGCGACUCGUACGGCUCGUCCGGCCGUGGCGGGAACGACUCGUACAACCAGUCCGGUGGGAACAGCGACUCGUACGGUCGCGGAGGCAACGACUCGUACGGGUCGGGCAACAACAACAACAACAGCGAUUCGUACGGCUCUUCCAACCAGUCCGGCGGCGGGCUUGGUGGAAACAGCGACAACUACGGCUCCUCCGACCGUGGGGGCAACGACUCGUACGGCUCGGGCAACAACAACAACAGUGAUUCCUACGGCUCGUCCAACCAGUCCGGCGGCGGCUACGGCGGGAACAACAACACCGACUCGUACGGCUCGUCCAACCGGAGCAGCGGCGGGCUCGGUGGGGACAACAACAACACCGACUCGUACGGCUCGUCCAACCAGUCCGGCGGCGGGCUCGGCGGGGGCAACAACAGCAACAACACCGACUCGUACGGCAGCGGGAACAACUCGUCCAGCACCCAAAGCCAGGGUCAGGGUCAGGGUCAGGGUCAGAGCGGGAACUGGAUCGACAAGGGCGUCGCGAUGGCCGCGCAGAAGGCCGGGUAUAACCUCGACCAGAGCACGACGGAGAAGAUCGCGGACGGGCUGCAGGAGGGCCUGGGGAAGUUUACCGGCAAGAAGUGGUGAAUGCGUCUUGCAGUUGUGGGGAACGAAACGGAGUAGGCACGGACCUGGUGAUGGAUACGGGAUGUGAAGAAGAAGUCGGGUUAUCUGUACGUUAGGGCACAUUCGGAGUUCUUGGUGUACGGGUCUGUGUGAUUGAGGCAUAUCCAAGAUUUGCACAAGUCGGAACCACGCUUGCCUUUCCAGCAAGAGUCUGCACGUCAUCUGAGGGAGGGACUGCAGACGGACGCCUUUGGCGAGUGAUGUUUGCAGUAAGUCGGGGGCGGUGGCGGUGAGAACAGCGGAUCUACUGUUCCGUUCGGCGAACGUUCACCGAACACCGGGAUUUCCUGGCGCCCUACUACUGUAGUACCGACAUACAUAGGUGCUCC